AUGGCAAAAGAUCCUCAGCUCUUCGUCCCUCCCAAGGGCCACUUUGUCCUUGCAGGCAGAGUCUUUCCUCGGGUCAAAUGGUGGAAGUCCUCCACGAUGAGAUGGCUCUACUUCUACAUCUUUGCCUUGAUAUGUACCAACACUGCCAAUGGCUAUGACAACUCGAUGAUGAACGGCCUGCAGUCCCUUCCGCUAUGGCAGACCUACUUCAACCAUCCAAGAGGCUCGAUUUUAGGGCUUUUCAAUUGUGUCAUGAGCGCUGGCGCACUUGCCGGUCUCUUGUUCGUUCCAUUCAUGCUCGAUGGCCUCGGGAGACGAACAACCCUGACCAUCGGUGCAUCCAUCAUGCUUGUUGGUGUUGCUCUUCAGUCUGCCGCACAAAGCUUCGGCAUGUUCGUUGGUGCCCGAUUUAUCCUGGGUUUUGGCGACAUCAUUGUCAACUGCGCCUCACCACUUCUGAUCGCUGAAAUUGCUCCAGCACAAGAUCGUGCUCUGCUGGUCACCAUCCAAGCCGCGAACUACCAAUCUGGAGCCUUCAUCGCUGCGUGGGUCACUUAUGGCACUUUAAAGAUUAACAGCAACUGGGCCUGGCGAGCUCCCAGCUUGAUUCAAGGUGUAUUCACUGUGUGGAUGUUGGCAGUCGUUUGGUUCAUGCCAGAAUCACCUCGUUACUAUAUCAACAAGGACAAGUCUGAAAAGGCUAUGCAGGUUUUGGCCAAGUACCACGCCGACGGCAAUGAGCACGAUGAGGUCGUUCAGAUCGAAUACACCGAAAUUUCUACUGCCCUGGCGCUGGAGAAGCAGCAGAAGAAGACUUCAUCUUUCUUGGACUUCUUCAAAACCAAGGGCAACCGCCGCAGGCUUAUCAUCCUUAUUUCAGUCGGUCUCUUCUCGCAGUGGUCUGGAAAUGGCUUGAUUAGCUAUUACCUCAACCUUGUCUUGGAUAAUAUCGGCAUCACUGAUCCCAAUCAACAACUCCUCAUCAAUGGUGGGAUCACGACUUUUAGCUUGGUCACUAACGUGGGUUUCUCAUUCUUCGUCGACAAAUGGGGUCGUCGACCGAUCUACCUGAUCUCGACUGUGGGCAGUCUCGUAUCCUGGGUCAUUUGGACUAUCUUGGCCGAGCGCUACACUGCCACCAAACAGCUCGCCUAUGGCAAGGGAAAUCUGGCAUUCAUAUUUAUCUAUACUCUCUUCUACAACUUCAAGUCCGGACUGAUUGCAUCCUACACCACCGAGAUCCUCCCCUAUAAUCUACGUGCCAAGGGCUUUACCAUCAUGGAAUACGCACUCUACGGUGCUCUGUUCUUCAACCAAUACGUCAACCCGAUUGCCAUGAAUGCACUUGGGUGGAAGUACUACAUCGUCUAUUGCGUUUUCCUGCUCUUCGAAGUCUUUGUUAUCUACUUCUUUUACGCUGAGACCAAGUAUCUGCCACUUGAAGAGAUCACCAAGAUCUUUGAUGGAGAGGACGUGGCCGCCAAGACUAACGAGAAUCUGGGUGGAGAGAAGGUGAUCAAUACCGCCGUACAUGUUGAGGAGAUCAGCGCCAUGAGCAAGGCAUAA